GGUUCUUUAAGCUGCCCCUGUAUUUCUCCCUGCGGAUGGGCUCUCAUGCGUGCACAGGUCUACAGAACACUUUGGUCUUAGAAAACCAGAACUUAGGAAACCCUCCAGGGUUUGAGGGGCAUCGCUUCACUUCUAAGGAGCAGGAUUUUGUGCCACAGGACCCUGUCCUUUUUAAGCAGGGCCAGCAUUUCCUCUGUCCUCAGAAGACCUCAAGAAAGCGUUCUAAGUGCUUACCCAAGCAACAUCGGCAGAGCCAGAGGAUUGUUUCUCAGCUGGAAAGCAGCGGUGGGUCUGUCAGCAGGGGCUGCAGGGCGGGCAGCCUCCCACCCGUCUCUCAGCCAGCUCUCCUCAGCACAGAACCUUCAGCUGCGUUUUAAAACCUGACAGUCUUGAAAUACUUGCUUGGACACUCCAUGCUGCCCCGCCAUGUGCAGAGGCUGGGCAGAGACUGGAUCACCCACUGGAAUGGCUCCCAGAUAUUGGCCUUGAACAGCCCAGUUCCCAGCUGUAUGAGAUGGGCCGGACACUAUCCUCCCUGGGGCUCCUUUCCACUCCCUCUUCCAGCUGAUUUUUCAGCAAACUGGAGAUUCCAUCCAUUUUUUGGGCCUUGGAGGCAAUUUCAGACCUCUAAUUGGCAUCUUGAUAACUACACACAAAGUUGUUGCUUUCACCUACCCAACCCCAGUAUGAAAUCUGAGGGAGAAGAACCACUGACAAAGAAGAGAAGACUCAGUGGCCAGGAUGAUACUUCAGCUCCUGAACAAAAAACAAACUUGUCUAAUCAGAAGGAAGUAUCUUGUCUUUCUGUAGCACAGAAUGAAGAAAAACAUGGCAGCAAGAAAGGAACCAUCAAAAGACACUGGGAAUAUUUCUGUCAGCAGAGUAAAACAAUGAAAAUCGCUGAAAAUAAAGGCUCUGACCGAAGCAGUACAGGAAGUGAGGCAGCAUUUGAUUUUACAGUCAUGUCCUACAAUAUUCUCUCACAGAAUUUGUUGGAAGACAACUCUCACCUGUACAAACACUGCAGGCAGCGAUUAUUAUUCUGGACAUACAGAUUUCCCAACAUCCUGCAAGAAAUCAAAGAGCUGGAUGCAGAUGUGCUGUGCUUACAAGAAGUCCAAGAAGACCAUUACAGAGCAGAGAUCAAGUCAAGUUUGGAAUCCCUGGGCUAUCACUGUGAGUAUAAAAUGAGGACAGGCAGAAAACCUGAUGGCUGUGCCAUUUGCUUCAAAACUUCCAAAUUUAGCCUGAUUUCCUCAAACCCUGUGGAAUUUUUUCGCCGUGAUAUUCCGCUCUUGGACAGGGACAACGUUGGACUGGUGUUGCUGCUACAGCCCAGAUUUCACUGUAAAGCCAAUGCUGCCAUCUGUAUUGCCAAUACACACCUGCUGUACAACCCAAGGAGAGGGGACAUCAAACUGACCCAGCUUGCAAUGCUCCUGGCAGAGAUUGCCAGUGUUGCCCCUCAGACAGAUGGCUCCUUCUGCCCCAUCAUCAUCUGUGGGGACUUCAAUUCUGUUCCUGGCUCUCCACUGUACAGAUUUAUAAAGGAAGGAAAGUUAAAUUAUGAAGGACUUGCUAUAGGGAAGGUCUCUGGACAAGAACAGUUUCCAAGGGGACAAAGAAUCUUAUCUAUUCCAAUUUGGCCAAAAAAAUUAGGUAUUUCACAGAACUGUGUAUAUGAAAUAAAACAGCAACAAAAGGAAGAAAAUGCAGGAGAAAAAUUGGAAGCAGCAAAACAGGACAACACUCAGGAGAUUGUAAUAGCAUCUGAAAAGUUGUCUUCGAAAUUGAGGCACCAUUUUAAAUUGUCUUCAGUCUAUUCUCAUUACUUCCCUGACACUGGGAUACCAGAAGUGACAACUUGUCAUUCCCGAAGCGCUGUCACAGUGGAUUAUAUUUUCUAUUCUGCAGCAAAUGAUGAUACUGCUGCCCAGCCAGGAGCAGAGGAUUCUUUUUAUGGAGGUCUGAAACUUCUUGGCAGGCUGGCACUUGUAACAGAGAAAGAUCUUUGGACUGUUAAUGGUCUUCCCAAUGAAAAGAACUCUUCUGACCACCUGCCACUGCUAGCAGAGUUCAGGCUUAUUGAACGGUAAUAUCCAAAGGACUUUGGGUGUAGGUAAAGUUCCCUUUACCUUCUCUCUUCCUGGAAUGAUUAUUUUUUAAAAGGUUAAUUCAAGCACUGCUGGUCCAGUUUAAAUAAGUUUGCCUGCAUGCUGAUUUGUUAAUGUUGUGUAAAGUAGACUUUCUAAAGGGACUUACUUUUUUAAAAAAAAAAACAUUUAAUUUACUUUAUGAAGUCUUUUAGGGAGAAAAAGAAAAGAUUUUACAUCAGCUUCUUCUUUGAUAAAGGAAAACAUCUGUGCCAGGCUCAAAAUGGCAUUAUUUUUCAUGGAUAUGUUGUAAAUUAUUUUUAUUGUAAAUCACAGUAAAAAGGACUAUUCUGAGAACUGUGUGUUUCUUCAAGCAAAGGGGAAUGUGUUUGUGUGCCUGCAGCAUUUUAUAAUGAGUUGAAAAUAAUGUUUUACUACAAAUGUGCUGUGUGGACACUUCCAUCUUAACACUUCUGCAAAGGAAUUCAGUGUUGUAAGUGCAGAGGCUGCAAGACUGAACUUUCAAAGGAAGAAGGGCAUAUAGGCAAAUAUUUAUGCUUUAAGAAUUUGCUGCUUAAAAUUCUAAGGGCUUAAAUACAGAUACCAUUCAAUCUUUUUAAAGUAUCUGAAAUAAAGCUUAAUGAGCACACCACA